GCCAUCUUGACAGCAACCUCAAAAUGGCAGAAAGCUGUGAGCUAGUAACCGAGUCCGAACUAAGAUACCUGCUCCCUGCUAUUUAAAAAAAAACACAGACUCGUCAGUUUUUCCAUAAACGAGUGGUUAUGGGGUUGGUGCCCUGCGCGGCAGCACAGAGCCUGUAAAAUGGAUAUACCGACGGCGGUUUUCAACGCGGCCAGAGAUGGUAAGCUGAAACUUAUCCAGAAGUUGCUGAGCAACAAAACUCCCGAGGAGCUGGAGGCUUUAGCCGAGGAGAAAACACAGGGAGGCACCCCGCUGUUGAUAGCAUCUCGAUACGGACAUCUAGAGGUUGUAGACUACCUCCUUGAACAUUGUAAAGCAAAUGUUGAACUCGGGGGGGCGGUUAACUUUGACGGCGAGACCAUCGAGGGGGCUCCGCCGCUGUGGGCAGCUUCGGCAGCCGGUCACCUCCCUGUGGUUAAGACGCUACUGAAACACGGUGCCUCGGUGAACAACGCAACCCUCACUAACUCAACGCCGCUCCGAGCUGCCUGCUUCGACGGUCACCUGGAGAUCGUCCGCUACCUGGUGGAGCACAGAGCCGACAUGGAGGUAGCCAACCGCCACGGCCACACCUGCCUCAUGAUCUCCUGUUACAAGGGCCACAAGGAGAUAGCCAAGUUCCUCCUGGACCGUGGCGCCGACGUCAACCGCAAGAGUGUAAAAGGAAACACCGCCCUCCAUGACUGUGCGGAGUCAGGUAGCCUGGACAUCAUGAAGAUGCUGCUAAAGUGCAACGCUCGCAUGGAGAGGGAUGGAUACGGAAUGACCCCGCUCCUCGCUGCAAGUGUAACCGGUCACACCAACAUCGUGGAGUAUCUCGCCCACCAGCCUCGCACCUCCAGAGAGGAACGCGUCGAUGCACUUGAACUCCUUGGGGCUACUUUUGUGGAUAAAAAGCGGGAUCUCUUGGGGGCAAUGAGGUACUGGAGAAGGGCCAUGGAGCUGAGGCAACCGGGGGACAAAGCUGGAUUCCUGGCCAAGCCUGCGCCUGGCCCUCCUAUCCCUGCCUAUGGCUGUGCACAGGAGGUAAGCACCGCAGAGGAACUGGAAGCUCUGAUCACAGACCCUGAUGAAAUGAGGAUGCAGGCUUUGUUGGUUCGAGAGCGCAUCCUAGGGCCGUCCCACCCAGACACCUCUUAUUACAUCCGCUACAGGGGAGCUGUGUACGCUGACUCGGGCAACUUUGAACGCUGCAUCAGCCUGUGGAAAUAUGCUUUAGACAUGCAGCAGAGCAACCUGGACCCUCUCAGUCCCAUGACAGCCUCCAGUUUCCUGUCCUUUGCAGAGCUUUUCUCUUUUGUUCUUCAAGACCGGGCCAAAGGCACCCUAUCGACGCGCGUCACCUUUCAUGAUCUGAUGACCGUGCUGGGGAAAAGCGUGAGGGAGGUAGAGCGAGCUGUGGCGCAGAGGGACAACCCUCCAGAGGCUCCUCAGUUCACCAAAGCUCUCUCCAUCAUCCUGCACCUCAUCUUCCUCCUGGAGAAGCUGGAGUGCAGCCCGGAGCAGGAGCAUCAGAAGAAGCACACGGUGUACCGCCUGCUGAAGCUGAACCCUCGAGGUCGGAGCGGCUUCACUCCUCUCCACAUGGCUGUAGACAAGGAGACCACGUCCGUCGGCCGCUACCCUGUCGGCCGCUUCCCCUCCCAGGCGGUGGCCGCGCUGCUCCUAGAGUGCGGCGCGGACGUCGAUUCACGCGACAGUGAAAACAAUACGCCGCUGCACAUCGCUGCUAACAAUGGCUGUCCAGAGAUCAUGGCGCUACUUAUGAAGGCUGGGGCUCACUUUGACGCCACAAAUGCACAGAGGAAGACCGCCUACAAGCUGCUGGACGAGCAGAGCACCGGGCAGCCGGCCCUCUACCCACUGAACUAUAUCACCCUUCAGUGCCUGGCGGCGCGUGCAAUUGAAAAGCACAGACUGCCCUACAGGGGACUCAUUUCUGAGGAGAUGGAGGCUUUCAUUGAACUGCACUGACUUCCACUACUGUCCCCUGUUGAGGCUCCCCUGCACUACUCUUCCUGUCCCCC